AUGGAGUCGGGAGAGCCAGGUUUCAACCAAAAGCUCAAAUUUAAACCUCGAUCUCCAAUUGAAUAUAAAAAUACAAUACUCGUUUUUGACACGAGAAAUGACACUGAUAGUCUGAAGCACAAAUUUUAUGAUCUUCAAUAUGAUCUUCAUCAUUGGAUAAAUAAAUCCUCUCAUUGGUUAUCACAUGGAAAUAAUUCACCAAGAUCUGAGGCUUUGCUGUGCUUUAUACAGGACCGUAAUCUAUUUUUCGACAAUGUUGGGGCAAUUUGCAGUCACUGUAACUCUUCCAAAAAGACUGUUGACCACUUAGCAACGAGGUGUGGUCGAAUGCUGAAUAGUGACUACUUACGACGACACAACGAAGUAGUGAAAUGUGUACAUCUACAUCUAUGCAGGGAGUAUGGAAUCAAGAAAUCUAAGAAAUUGAAAACCCACUCUGUUCAAUCAGUGGUUGCGAAUAACUCUGUGGAGAUUCGUGUUGACACGACAAUUAAUACGGAUACGAAGGUUGAGAAUAACAAGCCGGAUAUCUUUGUACUUGACAAAAUGAGGAACACAAUCACGCUUAUAGAGAUUGGAAUCACCUCUCAAAAAAAAUUGAAGCAAGUCGAAGUGGAAAAGCUCCACAAGUACGACCUGCUUGCCAGUGAACUGGGAUUAAUCCACAAAGCCAAGGUAACCAUAGUACCAUUGGUACUAACGUGGGAUGGUGUUGUGAGUAAAUACUAUAAACAUCACUGCGAUACUAUUGGUUUGGAAGAACUUACACGAGCUUACAUUCAGUCGGUGGUUAUCAGAAAAACAUUGGAGAGUAUGCGUGUAGAACACAAAUUUGGAAUGAUCCCGCCAGAAGAAUGCCAAACGACUCGUUUUACAAAUGGAACAACGGAAGAGGCUCUGCCAAGUGAGGUCAUUGAGUAG